AUGGAACUCAAGAGGAGUCAUCCUUCGCUACAUCAGAGAAUGGUGGAAUUUCGGAGAAACUACAGUGAAAUUUAUAGCAAUUAUCCGGGCGCUGCUCGCUUCGUUGAAGCUCUGUACAGAGGUGCUCAAAACGUGCGGAAUCAUCAGGAUGAAUCAGAGCAGACGAAGGCGGUGCUGGGAAACUUCAACGGAUUAUCGAAGGAUGCGCAAGAUUACCUGAUCAAAUACUAUCCAGCAUUUAACACCCUCCGUUCACUCACCUCUCAAAAGCCACCGUCUGGCGUCACUACUACGAAACCAGCAGCAACCACACCCACGCCUUCCUCGAAAUCAAAAACGGCAGAAAUGGACCAACUCAAAUGUUCUGGAAAAAGCCAUGGCAGAAAUAGCCAGCCCUGUUGCGAUGAAGCUGGAGAUUCUCUUGAAAAAGAUUAG